AUGAGUUCUAUCGGUGUUGUCGUUUUCCGUAACUCGCCGCUAAAGGCGCAGGUGUUGCAGGAGUCCGUGAAUAAUUCUGUCAAUAUAAAUAAUAACGAUGCGAUCAAUAUAAAACGUGAAAUCAUUAUAGUGAGAAAGAAAUCAAAAGUUCAUUCGCCACAAAAUACAGUUUCAGUUACAUCAUUAGUGCGUGCUAACGAACCUGUGAAUUCAAAUGUUUUCGCAAAAAGACCCCGUCUACGUGAAAAUUCUCUCGAGGAGUCUUCACGAACCCCGACACCUUUAGCAGUGGCGCGAAGAAAUGCGCGGGAACGGAAUAGAGUGCGUCAAGUGAAUGACGGAUUUGCUGCUUUGCGUCGUCACAUACCAGAAGAAGUCGCUGCUGCUUUUGAAAAUGCUAAUUCUAAUCGAGGACCAAACAAGAAAUUAAGCAAAGUUGAAACUCUUCGUAUGGCAGUAGAAUAUAUUCGAAAUCUAGAAAGUCUUCUCAACAUUGGUCAUGCUGACAAAGAAAAUUUGUCACGGCCAUCUAUUGAAUCUUUCCCUUCACCUGCAUCGUCAUCUCCUAGAGAUAAUAGUCAAGAAAGAAGUUACUAUUCGUUGAACUCGCCAGCUUUGGAUGAUGAAGAUGUUGAUGAAGAUGAAAUAGACGGUUCGUUGCACCAGAUGCCACCACAGCAAUACAUUGACUUACAAGCUUCCGAAACCUUUCAGCUAGUGUCUACACCUCAUUUGUACGAAGAAGAAGAUGGUACUGGGCAACCACUAACCCCUUCGCCAGAUCUUCUGGCCCAAGAUGAAAUGAAUUCGCAUGUAUUGGAGACUCAUUUUCCUUUUCCCAACUCAGCAGAACAGUUUACGGUGAUCCCUGAACAAACUUUCAGUAAUGAAGCGGAUGCUCCUAUAGGUGAAGGAGAUUUUGAAGUAAAAUAUGCAGAAAAUAUCCAUCAACAGAUCAAUUCAAAUUUUGACGAAGAAUCUGAAAUGCAUCUAGAUGCCAUUAAUCCAGAUUUAAUUCUAUCGAACAAUCAGUUCAAAUUCAAAGAAGAAACAAAUACGUACCUCGAUAACGAGCCUUAUAAUGACGUGGAUUUAAAGAAGGAACUUCCAGAGAUCCAAGUAACUCCUGAAGAUCGUGAGCAAUUCGAAGAAACCCUUAAAUGGUGGCAAGAAAAAACAAGACAAACUCGUGUGCUGUCUAAAAUCAACAAUUAG